CCCAGCUAUAUAUAAAAAAACCCAAAUUAUUCAUUACAUUUAACACCUCCCCUGCCAUAGUACCAUACUACCAUUCCCUUCCGUCAAAGCUAUCAACCCAUUUCACAAUCACAUUCUGGACUGCCUGUUAUUGUGAAAUCAUGACCACCAAAUCCCCAAUCUUCCCCAUUCAUGAGCCUCAACACUUCAGUGACUAUGGCUUCGACCCUCAAAUCGACUACUUUCAGGUGUUGGAAGAAGCCAGGAAGCAUAAACGCGAAACUUACUCGUCCAGAUCCGCCAUUGACAACGUGCAUUUCAAGCUUCAGAAACCCAUCUCCAAAGACGACACCAGCAAGAAGAUAAAAAAGACCCGUAAACGUUGGUGGUGGAAGAGCGCCCUCCACUUCUUCAAACGCAAACGUACUUCCUCCUCCGACUCAUCUUACAACAAUCUCCACUGCGUCUACAGCGCCGCCGGCGGCGGCGGCGGCGGCGGAGGAGUCCGUGCGAUGUCUGGACCGGUGUAUUUGACGGAUAGCAGAAACGGGUCUGCCACUCUUUACCACCGUACCUCCACCAGCCGGCCGUCGUCCGGACCACUCGCAUCUACACGAAAAGGUGAUAUCGAUAUACCCUACAUCAGUCUCACUGAACUCAACAUGAAUCAGACCCACAAGAUCUCAGGCUCCGCCAUGCCCAUUUACUUGGUCACUUAACGACUUCAAUUAUUCAAGCAUUCAAUUGCAUUUACUUUUUCUUUUACGCAUUAAAAGAAAUGAUGAAAGGUAGUAAAGAUUAGUUGGAAAAAAUGUGUUCCUUUCUGUGUUCAUUUAUCUCUUUUGCAGAGAUUCGCUUUACUGUUAAUCGAACCCACGAUUUGACCAAUUCGUUUUUGACCAGUUUGUUUGGAUAAUUUCUUGGAAGAAGUGUGAUGAAUUGUAUCCGUUGGUUUAAGUGAUUACUAUUUGUCCAUACAUGAAUGAAUAUUUAGUAUCAGUG